GUAUUUUUACUCAAAGUUUAAACAAAAAAGAAGUAAAAGAUGAUUUCUAUGAUAAAUUCUAACCACAAUUCAAAAACUUAAGUCUUGUGUCCAAGUUUUCCGAAAUAGGCUAGAUAUAUAAUACUUUUCAAAUUAGAAAGACGUUUCCAAUAACUGCAAAUUAAAAAAAUGGGCAGAAAAAUACCAGGAAGAAAGCAUAGAGGAGUGAGAGAUCCUGAAAAACAACGAGAACAAAGAUUGCUUCGCAUUAAAGAUAAAAUUAAUGCACCUCCUUUAAAUCCUGACGACCAGGAGAUACCCAAAUCCCUCCAGGAAUUAAUGCAACUCAAAGAGAAAGCUCAGAGAAAAUCUAAAGAUAAACAAAAUAAUAAAGAUGCAAAACCUAACUUUAAACCCAUUAUGAAUCUACCAAAUGGUGUAAUUUAUAAUUUUAAUAGUCCAAGAACUUUCUUUGAUCCUAAAGAAAAACCAGCUCCAAUUUUUAUGCAAGAAAAAGGAGAAUCUGAUAGCAGUUUCAUAUACAGAAUGAAUAAAGUUUGUGAAUCAAUUAUACAAGAAACAGAGUUUGAAAAUAAAUACAGUGUAAAGGUACAUAGGAGUAGACAAACUGGAGAGGUAAUUAAAGUGACUAAACGACCAAAAGAUGAAUUGGAGGAACUUGUAAAAAAUGCAAAGAAAGAAGUGAGGAAAGGAAAGAAAAAAUCAAAAAUAACAAAUGAACCACGAUUAACUAAAUCUCAGAAACGGCGUAAAAAACUUCUUCAAAAAAAGCAACAAAAACAAAAUAACAAAGAACUUGAUUCUGAUAGACUUAAUCAAAAAGAUACUAUCAAAUUUGGAGAAAUUGUUCACCAGCCUCCCACACUAACCCUUCCAAGAAAGGUUGAAAGUUUAGGUUGUGCCUCAAGGCCUGGCAAGAAAGAUUUGCUACUAAAAUCCAUGAUAGAAAAUAAUAAUAAAGUUGAAAAUACAAGUAAAAAUAUUGAAAGUAAAUUUAAUCCUAUGAAGAAAACGAUAAAUAAAGUAAUUAAUAAAAAGGGCAAAAGAAAAGAUUUACCAGUUGCACUCAGAAGACAGUUAGACCAACAGCAAAAGGAAGUGAUUAAUGCCUAUAAAAACCUCAAAAAACAAAGACUAAAUAGAUGACUGUAUAUCAAGUGAUAUUUAAUUAAUAAUGUUUUUAAAGACAAGAUUUGAAAAAUGUAUUUUCG